AUGGCAGAAGAAGGUUCUUCGGUAAAGCUUUUGGGAUUAUGGCCGAGCCCUUAUGUUAACCGAGUUCAAAUCUCCCUUAAACUCAAGUCAAUUGACUAUGAAUUUAUCGAAGAGCCAUUCGGCCCCAAAAGUGACUUACUUCUGAAAUCAAAUCCCGCUCACAAGAAAAUUCCCGUAUUUUUUCACAACCAAAGAGCCAUAUCAGAGUCCCUUAUCAUAGUUCAAUACAUAGAUGAACAAUGGUCUUCGGGCCACUCAAUCCUCCCAUCGAAUCCCCUAGAUCGCGCCAACGCCCGUUUUUGGGCUGCCUAUGCCGACGACGAGUGGUUCCCUGCUUUAAAAAACAUUCUUAUGGCAUCGGAGGAAGAAAGAUUGGUGUUAGAAGUUAAGAUGAAGGAGGGUUUAGCGUUCUUAGAAGAAACUUUUGUUAAAUCUAGCGAAGGGAAGGCAUUCUUCGGAGGAGACGAUAUUUCGUUUCUCGACAUUGCAUUCGGAAGCUUCUUAGGGUGGUUGAAGGCGGUUGAAAAGUUGACGGGAGUGAGUUUUCUAGAUGAAUCGAGUGUGCCUCAUCUCGUGGUUUGGGCAGAUAACUUCCUUUCGCAUGAAGCUGUAAAUGGUAUCAUACCAGAGCCAGAUGCACUUGUGGAAGUGGCUAAGAUGAUUAAAGCCAUGGUUGAAUCUCAAGCUAAGAACUAAUUAAUGGUACUUCAU